GCCACGAGGAGACGCCAUUUUGUUCGAAAGUCAUUCCUGAACAACCCAGAAGCUAAUAAGUUGCGUUAAACUCAGAAUAACAUGGCUGAACCAAACGAAACAAUUGGCGAAGCUAGUUCAGCAUCUUUUACAGAAAAUWGCAGUACGAUGUYKUCAUCUAACMCCAAUGGACAGACCGAAAACUGUGUUAGCCAGGGCAGCGACGAUCGACCGAAGGGUCCAACUCCAUCAGCACCCGGCGAAACUAAGCUUUAUGUGGGCAACCUUCCAGACAACUGCAUGAAGGAGGAUCUAAAGGCUUUAUUUACCAAAUAUGGCGAAGUUUCACAAUGCGAUCGAGUGAAAAAUUUUGCUUUUGUGGGCAAAAGACUGUACACAAAGAAAUAGUUCUGGGCGCUACAGGAGAAGUAAUUAUGGCAGAUAUGAUCGCCCUGCACCAUAUUCUUAUGGUCCACGUCGUGAACCUUAUGGUCGUCCACCACCAAGAUCAGAUUACGAUGGUUAUUAUGAUAGGCGUGGUCCACAAGGCAGGGAUUAUGGGCCACCUUAUCAGAGCACAGGAGGAGGGUAUGCACAAAGAUCUUCUGAGUACUCGAUGGGAUAUGAAGGUUAUGGACCACCACGUUCAGGUGGUUAUGGUGUGAGAAGGUAUUAGACGUUCGGGUGACGUAUCCAAUUCGGCCUACCAAGAUUGUUAGUUAUACAGCAUCGGAGCUGACGGUUGCGGACUGAAGAAAAGCCUUUGACCUUCAGGCUAUCGAGGACGGUAACGGCAGGGUUGACUUGUAAAGCAAAAACAUUAACUGAAAAUACUUGUUUAAAUUUUUUUUUUCUGCAUUUCAAAUCUAGAAUACAAGUUUGAUUUUUUUUAGGGAAAAAAAUAUGUGUUACAUUCCACUAUUCUUCAAGUAUUACAUUCYACUCAAUAAAAUAUGAUUAAAAACA